AACUUCCACGAAGUGAUAAAGGAGUGAUGUCAAAGCUCUGCUUCGAUUACAUCUGUAGUUAUGACGUCACUGACUAUCCCUGGAAAGUAGGACCUAUUCCUCUAAUGAAGUGUAGCUUAAAUAGCUUUUGGUUUGGUUUUUGGUGUGAUAAAUAAAUGUCUCGAUCUCGAUCCUUACAUUUUUUGGAAAUUUAUGAAUGUAGAGUUUUCAUAUUUUCGAAUCGUGCUUUGUAAAAGAUUGAAAAUGGAAAUACGAUCUUGCUGGAUGCAUUUCCUUUUGCUGUUUAUUUAUAUGCUAUUAAUAUUCGUGUUUUCACGAUUACUUGAUUUCGUCUUUUGGUAUCAUCAUGGUGUUUCUUCGAUGGAGUUGGUUGAUCCAAUUGUUCUGAGCGUUCGUCAUUUAAAGCAGAUCUUGGAUAAUAGAGGAAUCAGUUACAUUGGUUACUUGGAGAAAAACGAGCUAGUGCAGUUGGUCAAGGAUUCUGCUGAUAUUGUCGCCGAGGAAGUUAAAGAAUUGAAAACACGCAGUGUUCAAACGAGUCAAGCUUUCCCAUCGUCGUAUUUCAAAGGAGCUGCUGAUUUCUACGAACAAGUUGAAGAUUCUAAAGAUAGUGUUUGGUUAGUCCAUGUUAUACCACAAAAUAAACAUGAUCAUAAAUUGCUCAACGAUGCUAGUUGGGAAAACGUUCGUAAUUACCUGACUCCAUUUGCUAUACGUACCGGAGUGUUCAAUUGUGCAUUAGAUCCUGGUUUGUGCAAAUCGAAAUCAUGGAAUGAACCACUUCUCUUAUUAGCUUUACCAAAAGGAACUAAAGCUAAAGAUAAAAUGGUGGUGAAAACGUUUUAUUCGUAUAAACAACAAGCAAUUAUUCAGUGGAUUCGUGAAGAACUCUCCGUACGUGUUCGUAAAUUCCACAGUUUUGAAGAACUGGAGAAAGAAUGGCUGAGUACAUCACCUUAUUCUUCGCAGGAUAUUAAAAUAUUACUACUGACUCAUUUACUGAAUCCACCGUUGUUUUUAGCUGCUUUAAGCAUUAAAUUCACAGGCCGUGUUAAAUUUGGUAUUUUUUCGGUAAAGAAAACCGAUAUGGAAGACUUAUCAACUAAUAUUAAAAAUUUCAAUCACGUCCCUUCUUACGUAAUCAUUACGCAAAAUAAUACCGUGAUAUACGGUCAGAAGAAAUCUCAGCGGUGUAAUUUCAAUUCUAUGAAUAUAUUUUUGAAAGUUUUACAACCAGAAGUGAAUGAUAUAUUUGUAUUCAGUUUGAUCAUCGUUAAUAUGCUGGCAAUACUCGAUAUAUUUCAGAUGUCGAAAGAAAUGAAUUCAUGGUGGUGGGAAAUCGGACGUGUUAUAUGGACGCUAAUGAAUUACAAUUUUCGUGCUCUAGCUGUAUGGUUAUUGCUUGUGAACAUUAUUCAGUGGCAGUUCAUAAGUAUUUUCGCGGAAGCUGGCACCACGCUUUUGCGAUUUUUCGCUCUCACCAACAUAGGAACUCUCGCUAUAUCGGACUAUCAAGGAUGCUAUAACGCGCCGUCGUUAUUUUUUACUUCUUUUCUGGUUUACUGCUACAUAGCGACUAAAAUGUUGAAAAAAUAUUACGAACCGUUACGUUCUCGUAAUGUUCCAACCAUCGCUGCGAAUAGUUGGGUGGAAAGACUUCAGUUGGAUACGUUGUUUUUGGAUUCGUUAUUUAGACGUCCCAUGUUUUCUCGUCGAUACUCUCAGACAGGCAACGACGACAGAAUACAAAUGGAAAUGGACGAACGUAUGGACUCCAUCGUGGCGAGAUUGACAUUACCUAAUUUCUGGUUACAACCGGCGAUUCCGAAUGAUUACAUAAAGGACCUACCAGUGUGGAUCUUUCGUUCAGAUCGUGAAGACGAAAUGGAUGCGAUUAAAAACCUCAUGGAUGGUAUCAGCGAAAAAUGCGAUACCUCUGAACCUGAAGAUAGGAGCUCGUCUAGCAAAUUCACGUCACCUUCAACGGCAUUCUGCCCCUAUAGUUACGAUUGUAAAUUGAUACGUAAUGGUAAAGUGAAUUAUUGUUCAAAAUGCUUAAGGUCCAAGCAGAAGGAUGGUAUCGAAACUGCUAUACUUUCUCCGGAAUGUGCGAUUUGUUUGGAGUUGUACGAAUCUGGCAUGGUAUUAUGCAGCUUGCCAUGUCGUCAUAGUUUUCAUAAGGAUUGCAUAGUUACGUGGUUAGAACGCGAUAAUCAUCAUUGUCCCAUUUGCAGAUGGCCUGCGUACAAGUACAAACCAAUUUUGCGAACAACUCAUUUAUCAGAAAGUUGAGCAUAGUGUAAAAAUGCGACGUUUUUGAAAUACUUUUGCUUUUUAUGAAAAUGUAUGUAAGUUUCAUUUCUAGUCUGUGAUCAUCUUACUUAUAUAGUUUGUUGAAUGACAUUUCUCAGGAAAUGAAUUCAUAUUAUUUUUAUUUAAAAUAUUUUUAUUGUUCUAUUCUCAUUUUAAUCACAUAUUUAGAUCUAUACCUAUUUUCAAAAUCAAUUUAUCGCUAUGGCUUCAUUUCGAAUUUUCGUUUCGUUUAUUCUUCUCUAGCUUAAGUAAUGCUUUUCUGAUGUUCUUACGUAGGCCUAAUAUAGUAGUAUGUAUUGAAUAAGUUGAUUAUGAAUAUUUCAAUUUGUAAUUAAAUUGCUGUGUUGUUAUGUUACUGAAAAGGAGAAUUUUCUAUGUAAAUACAUAUUAUGCUUUACACAUUAUGUUAACCGUACAACUGCAUCCUUUUUGAUGCGUUUUUAUGUGAUAUUUUUCAAAGAAAUAAUUUUAUUUCUGUUUCAACCUGGAUGACGUAGCUCAAUUUUUGUAUAAAUUUUUUUUCUUUAAAUAAACUUCAGAUUUAUUUUACAGAAGAUUCAUCUCAAGUUUUGUUUUUUGUUCGUUUAUUUUAUUUUAUUUUAUUUUUUUUCAUUUGUCAAUCGUUUAUUUACGUAUUUUUUUUCUUUUUUGUCUUUAUAAUUGAAAGUUACCUUUUAAUUUUUGUACCUGUGUAAGUUUUAUUUUCUGAUUAAACUAAGUCCUUAUAUGUACAUAGACAUACCUUAUAAAAUAAAAACAAAAAAUGCAUGCGAGGAUAUAAUUUCUAA